CAGAGAAUCGGACACUUUUCUAAAUGUGUAAAAAAAAUCCUAUAAAAAGCGAAGCCGAAGUUCCGAAUGCCAUCAGUUGUACAACAACCAGAACACUACAAGCAACAUGAAGGUCAUCAUCCUCGCCGCCCUGUUCGCUGCUGCUGCCGCUAACGUUGCUUACCCCGCUCCGGCCUACCCUGCUCCGGCCUACCCUGCUCCGGCCUACCCUGCUCCGGCCUACCCUGCUCCGGCUUACCCUGCUCCGGCUUACCCUGCUCCGGCCUACCCUGCUCCGGCCUACCCUGCUGCUUACCAGAAGAGCCCUGAAUAUGCUCCGAUGCCAUACGAAUUCGCCUGGGCCGUGAAGGAUGACGCUUCCUACAAUGACUACGCCCACCAAGAGACCAGUGAUGGUAAGGGUUACGUUACCGGUUCCUACCGCGUCCUUCUCCCAGAUGGCCGCAUGCAAACUGUCAACUACAAGGCCGAUGAUUACACCGGUUAUGUUGCUGACGUGAAGUACACCGGAGAGGCCAAAUACCCUGAAUACAAGCCUGCAUACAAGGCUGCUUACCCUGCUCCAGCCUACCCCGAACCAGCCUACUCCACACCAGCCUACCCUGCUCCAGCCUACCCCACACCAGCCUACCCUACUCCAGCCUACCCUACUCCAGCCUACCCUACUCCAGCCUACCCUGCUCCAGCCUACCCUGCCCCAGCCUACCCUGCUCCAGCCUACCCCAAAUACUAGAAGAUAAAUACGAGAUUUGACAUUGGGUAAAGAAAAUGUCAUUAUUGCCAACGGCUGUAAAUUAUUAGAGAAUUUAAAGAAGCCGGAAAAUAAAAGAAGUGCUUUAUCAAUCAA